AUGGCUCCUUCGCGACAGGCUUAUCGUAGUCGCAACCCGAAGCGCCAGACGCGCUUGCAGUUUGGUUCGCUACCAGCAUCGUCUCCGAGCAACAAAGAAUAUUCUACCGCAAUACAGGAUCGCCUUUCUCGUGUAACCUACACAGGAUCACGACCACGCGCGAAGAAUCUCCCAACACCAGAGCCAUCCUCACAACUAAGCGGUCAGGUAAUGGAAGAUGAUGCAUCUUCACUCAGUGACCCUCCUCCCACGCCGCCAACCAGCAGCAAUGGACCGAACCUACUGGAAGAGGACGAUGAUGAUGAACUGGUCGCACCGUCUUCGAAGCGCAGGAAAAUCAACAGACGUGCAGUAGCAACCACCAGCGUAUCAAGUCCGCUCAGGCGCUCCAUGCGCUUCGGUAGUACUUCGCCCCGGCGUGAAUCAUCCACAUCUCGGUCCAGCCGCCGCACCCAUAUUGAGCUUGACUCAACUUCCCCCUCACCUGGAGUAAUUUCUGAUGUUGGCUCAGCCGAGUCGACCGAUGAUGACGCUGAUGUUUUAGCUUCAGCCCCUACGAAGCGCAAACGAGCCAAAGCGAGUACGAAAACGAACUACCUUGGAGCGCGGCCUCAAUCUCUGGCGUCUUAUGUUCCCGGACGGUCUGUCGAUCAAGAUGGCUGGCUAGUCAAUGAUGACGAAGUCGAAUACAUGUCUUCCGACGAUGCAGAGCCAGUCCGGCGCAAAGCUCCAAGAAGUGAGAAGACUUCUAGGUCAGCCAAACGCAGAAGCCGUAGGGAACAAGAAGAGCUAGAAGCCGAUCUAGAUGACCUGCGGGGCUCCGAAUCAGAACAUUCAGCGAGCAUACCCCGAACGAGAGGCGGCCCUGUCACGGCAAAACGCGAUGAGACCCGAGAGCAGUUUGAUCUUCUCAGGCGCAGAAGAGCUGGGGAAAAGAUCCCAAGGGUUUACGACUCCGAUGAGGAUGGCUCCGAACAAGGAGCAGACAUCAACUACAUCGGACGACCAUCACAGGCGAUGUCAGACCAAGGAUCUGUACACUCAUCACUCGAUACAGAUCAGGGAGAUGAAUCAGAGCCCCGAGCAGACGGAGACGACAACUUCAUCGAAGAUGAUGAACACGAGGAGCCGGAGGCAUCGAGGAGACCUCGUUCUGACAUCCCCCUUGAAUUCACUCCCUGGAUGACGGCGAAACCGAGAGAAUUGUUUCCGCAUAUCAUUGAAUGGCUCGUCAAGAACAAAAUUGCGCCGGCGUUUCCCCGAGAUGAUGAUAUAUUUAAGCUCGCCUUCCAGCGCGUCAACGAUCAAGUUGCUGCACAAGCCGGGAGUCGCCUUAUCUCGUCGGCUUGGAAUGCUGAGUUCAGGAAUACCAUCCUGGCCCGCCCUGACAUUGCCAUCGCCCUGAUGCCGGGUGACGAGGAUGACCGUGACACUUGCGAUGCCUGCAAUAAAAGCAACCAUCCUGCCAGAUACGACUUUGUCCUGUCCGGCCAAGCAUAUAAUAUGAAGACUCUUGAACCCAUCGAGAAGGACUCCGACGCAGAAGAUGACGAUGGCGAUAACAGAGACGAUGCGAGCGUGGACGAGAAGGGCCGCGUCCUGGCAUCGCAAACCCGUCAUUUCCAUCUCGGCUCGCACUGCACCGCUAACGCUCAAAUGGGUCAUAAACUUACUCACUGGAAGUAUCAUUUGAACGAGACAUUGCUACAGCAUCUUGAAGAGCAAGGGGUUCUUUCUGCCGAAGCCAUCGUGGCGCGCGAAAAGAAGAGCAGGCGCAAGCGCGAGAAGGAGGCGGAAGCCAUUGUCGACACAUUGGAAGAGACCGGCAAGAUCGACGACCUUUGGGGCUUGUUUCAGACAGACCUCAAGGAUGCCAUGUUGGGUAUGUCGGACUACGCGGUUCGUGGCGGCAGAUCUCGUGGGAGAUUUGGUGUAGUGCAAGCAAGGACGGUCGAUGGGAAGACGAGGACGUGGAACAACGAUCGCUACAGGGAGAGGGUGACCUUGAGUGACUCGGAGUAA